AUGAAGUUAUUCUCAACCAUCGUCGAGGCUCUCAAUCACCAUGCCUCGGAGACCCCAGACAAGGUCGUCUUUACUUGGGUCAACGUCAAGUGUGAGGAACAGGACAAGAUGACUUUCAAGCAGCUGGAAGACCAAUCUAAUGCCGUGUCGGCUCGUCUGCUCAAGCUUGGCUGCAAAAAAGGGGAUCGUGUCAUGAUCGCAUAUCCCUUUGGCCUCGAGUUCUUGGCUGGCAUGUUCGGUGCCAUGAAAGUCGGAGUCAUCCCUUGCUCCAUCUACCCACCCAAUCCCAAUCAGCUCAAGACUGAUAUGCCCAAAUUCCGCAGAUUUGCCGAGGAUGCUGGAGCCAAGUAUGCUCUCUCGACUAACAGGUUUGCUACUGCAAUGACUGCAGCCAGUGUCCUCUACAAGACCAGAGUGAAGUGGAUCGGGACAGACAAGCUCAAAGUCAAGAAAUGUAACUCAAACAAACCCACAGAUUAUGAAACCUUCAUGGGAGAGCCAAACGAAAUUUGUUUCAUCCAAUACACCUCGGGAAGCACAGGUCGCCCCAAAGGAGUCAUGGUCCGCCACCACAACCUAGCACAAAAUUGCAGAACCAUUGGCACUGGAUCCCGGAUGACUUCUACUUCAGUGACCGUAUUAUGCGUACCUCAAUACCAUGAUAUGGGAAUUGUGGGUGGUUUCAUGUCCUGCCUGUAUGCUGGUGCCCCCCUUGUCUUGACUUCGCCACUGGACUUCCUAUCAAAACCAAUUAUUUGGUCCGAUAUGAUUGAGACAUAUCAGGCAACCCAUACCUGUGCCCCUAAUUUUGCAUAUGCCUUGCUCCUAAAGCAAUUAAAGAAUGCCAAAAGGACUGUUGACUGGAGUUGUUUGGAGUUUGCCGGGUUUAGUGCUGAACCUACCCAGCAUCGGGUUGUGGAGGAUGUAGCCAAGACUCUAUCAGUCAGGCCAGGAGUUGUUCACAACCUCUAUGGCCUUGCAGAGGCAGUUGUGUGGCUUACUGGGGGGCCAGCCAUGCCAGACUCUAAAGGUCUUGUCUGCUGUGGAAAAGCGGACUCACCAACCAUCAAGCUUCGAAUUGUCCAGGAUGGCAAAGAGGUUGAGGAUGGACAGGUUGGGAGUAUCUGGGCCCAUUCACCUAGCGUGACAGCUGGCUACUAUGGCCAACCUGAGCUUACUACAUCCACCUUUGCCAAUGUCUUACCUGGUUAUGAUGGGACCUGGCUAGACACUGGUGAUUUGGGCAAGAUUGUUGAUGGACAGCUCUAUGUCACUGGAAGGGUCAAAGAUGUCAUCAUUAUCAAUGGCAAAAACUACUACCCAAGUGAUGUGGAGCUGUCUAUCGAUGAUCUCUUUGGUGAUCUUAUCCGUCCAGGCAGGACCACUGCCUUCCAACACGGGGAGGACAGUGUUGGUAUCACAGUCGAAGGCCGCAAGGACUUUGACAAGUCAGCAAAUGAAGAUUUGACAAUCAAGAUUGCCAACCACGUUGCAAAACUCCAUGGGCUGUUUGCCUCAGAGGUUGUUGUCCUCAAGGGCGGUGAGUUCUAUUUGUCAGAAGGAACUCAACAUGAAAUCAGGAGAAGAUCAAAGACACCACUGUUUGGAUCUGUUGAGCUUCCUGAUAUUGAUUUUGGCCAAACAAAUACACUUCCCAGCAAAGCUGUUGAAGCUGUUCAUGCUGUAGAGUGCAAUCCUAACAAGUUGGAUGAUUACUACCCUGAGCUGAAUCUUGAUGAAAUCCCUGAUAUUUGCGAAGCUUGGUCCAAAGGUGUAAAGACAACAGAAGCAAUGAAGACCAUGUGCUCUCAACUUUUGAAACACCUUGAGGACAAGCAACCCACAAUUUGCCAGCUUGCUCACACCCUUAGUGAAAAAGCCGAUUGGAUUUUGAUUGAGGACAGGACAGAUUUUCUUUUUCAGCUUGUGCACCAAGUAUUUGUUCUUCAAUGGGUGACAACCUUCAUGAUGGGUCAUCCUGAGUGCAUGCAACAAAAGUUGCAGAAUGAUGCAGAAUGGGAAAGCACGAGCCAGAGCAUUCUACCAGUUCCAGUGGAACUACAAGAGCUGCUUGGCCUACCGGAGGAAGACCCAAUGCAUGGAACGUGGCCAUUCUUCACAUGGAUGAAAAACAGGUCAGUUCGCACCCUUUUUGAAGCUGAUCCACCAGAGUUUGGGAUCAUGUGA